GGCAGCUAUGCGCAGCGCAGGGACUCCUCCCCUCCCUCUGCAGAGUUUGGAGCUCUGCUCUUCUGCGGCCAGCAGCAGCAGCUCGCCUUGACAGCCAAAACUGGCGCAGAGUCCCAGCCUUAACCUAAACCAUUCUUCUUUUUCUGACUUACCAAGAGAAUUCUUACUCUGCCUUUCACUCAUCUUCUUCUGCAAACAAGCGCUGGAGCGGCCUCGUCUAGAAUGGGGAACCGAGACGAUGAAUACGAUUUCUUGUUCAAAGGUAAAAAAAAAAAAAAAAAAAAAAAAAAAAAGAUGACUGCAUUCCCUCUUUACUCACCGACGAAGCAAUGCUUUAUUAAUAGCUCUUAAUCUUUCAUUGUGUCAUAUCCUCUGGUUAAAUAUCUGCCUUUUAUUGAACAAAUAGACUCAUGUUUUGUUGGGAACUGCCCGGAUGAUACUCGGUUGAUGUUAUUACAACAUAAUGCUGUCAUUGUAACAUACAACCCCAGCAGCUAUAUUUAUAGGUAAAGGAUGCAACACCCUAUCCGCGCUCAGCCCUUUUGUGCAACUUUCAUCAACUCAUAGAGCUGAUUGUUUGUUUGUUUUCUCAUUUAUUGAUUGGCAUCUGAUGUUUUUGCACAUCCCACCUCAUGAGGUUGUUUGGAGGCCUGUUAGCCUCUUCCUCUCCUGAUCAAUCAUCUUCUUUUUCUUAACAUCAGGGCUGAUCAUCUGACAGUCAGUACUGGUAUUUCUCCUUCUCAUAACUUUGUGCAUUUUCUUUACAAAGACAAUGAGAGAGUCUGAUCUGUUGAGUUUGGAGCGGUACCAGACUCAGGUUCAUGUUUAUCUUCAGUUGGAUCCAGAAAGGCUCUCUUUGAUCCUGAUAUCAGCUCCUGUGCCACAUUAACAUCCUGGGCCUGCAGAAGCCAAAGGGCCAUUUAGAUGUAACAAAGUAUCCUCUGUGGGAUGAAUGGGGCAUCUGCCGGAGGCGAGGGCUCCCUCUCUCUCCCUCUCUCUCUCACCCUCCCUCUCUCCCUGGACGAGCCUUCGUCUGUGUACCCGGCCGAAACAGGAAGGGCAAGGCGGCCUGAAACUGUCGAUUCAGGUUUUGAUGAAGCCUGUUAUCGGCUUCCUGCAGCCCGCACCAGCGCGAUGUCGACAGGGGGAAAAGUUCGGCCCUAUUUCCUCUCGCGGAGGAGGAGGAAGAGGAGGAGGAGGAGGGAGACAACAAAAGGAGCUCCACCUCUGCUGCUAUGCUGAGAACAGCAGCCUGGUCCUCCUGACACUAACUUUGGCCCAUCCCUGAGAAAGCUAAUCAAUCACACUCCACUGAUGUAUCAUCUGACCCAAAAAGCCAACUAGUAAUCAAUCCAUUUAUUCAUUUAGAUGAUAAACAUUUAUUCCUCUCUGAUCCAUAGGUGGUGUUUUACAGUGUGGCUAAUAGUUUUUCCAGAUGUGUCAAUAGAAAGUUCCAGUACUCAUACUGACAGUGUUGGUGCCACAUUCAUAUACGUGUGUUUGGGAUCUCUGGGGUAAAAGUCAGACAAACACACUGACAUUGAAUAGAUUUGCCAGUUUGUUUAGCUGAGUUUUAGCAUCUUUAGUGUGUUUUGGUCAGUCUUGACUCACGUGCUGGCAGUCUAUUUAAGACACAUGGUGAAAACAUAACCCUCAUUGUUCAGUUGCACAAACUGGUUCUUAGAAAACAUAUCCCUGUUCACCAAUUAUUCAGAUUUUUGUGGUUCUGCGGAGACCAAUUGCUGACUAAAGCACCUCUUUAUUUAGUGAGUUAUCCUUCAGGCGUGUUUGAUUGCAUAAAUUAAAUAACCAUUCCUCUUCAUGGGCUUGGGUGGUUAAGCCUUUUUUUAGUAACUCUGCUGCAGUAAAACCCAAACAUCGAGGAACUAAAUGUUUUAGUGUGUUUAUCAGAAAUUGGGAACUUCUCUUGACAUGUUAAUCUUGUUUAACAAAAAUUCCUCUCCUACUUUGAAGUAGAAAUGUGCUGUUUUUGAAAGCCCAUAAAUCAAGUGCCUUUAUUCUGUUGAAUCCAGCAUUUAGAGGCACUACUUUUGCCCAAUCAACAUUUUUUAUCUCUUAAAAUACAUACAGCCUAUUCCCUGGCUCCACCAUUACACAAAUAAGCACACUGUUACCUGAUUUUUUUUCUCUUUUUUUUUCCACAGUUGUGUUAAUUGGGGACUCAGGCGUAGGCAAGAGCAACCUGCUCUCUCGAUUCACACGGAAUGAGUUCAACCUAGAGAGUAAGAGCACCAUUGGGGUGGAGUUUGCCACACGCAGCAUCCAGGUGGACGGCAAGACGAUAAAGGCUCAGAUCUGGGAUACAGCAGGACAGGAGCGCUACAGAGCCAUUACCUCGGCGUGAGUUAACGGUCACUUAGAAAAAUUAAAUUUAUGAACAUGCUCUCAACAAUUAGAUUAAGGAUGUUGACCCUUCUUUAUAGCCUGGAAACUACUGAACAAGAUCUUGAUUGUCAUCCAUCAGUGAGCUAGAUUUGUGUAUCUGCUUUAAGUCAAACAUAUUCAUUUGAAAUGUGAAAUAAAAUAUAGUAAGUUAAGAAACUGAGCUUUCACUUCUUAUACAGUCGCUCUUUUAAAUUUGAAUAUAAAGGACGAAUCUACAUGUAAGUGAGGUUAACGUCAUACAGCUUUACUUGGGUCUGCAGACCUUAUUAAGGGAACUGUGUUUUUUUUUGUUGUUUAUGAGACUCACUAAAACAUGAUAUUGAUACCUCUGUAUGGCCUAGGCAAGCCAGACACUUAUCAUAAAGAUUAUGACUUCAACAUAUCAUGUUUAAAAUUAAUAAAAGUGGUAGAUAUCAGAUAAAGUUGGUAAAAGCAAGCUCCAGAAACAGACUUUUAAAAUGUUGUUCAUGGCAGAGAUUCUGGUUGAAUGAUACAUUUGACAUUUAAAAGACAGCUAGGGGGAUUUCUUGUCAAAAAAUAAAGAUGUCUUUAACCAAGUACUGAACAAAAAUUUGUGAGGCAAAAGGAGGUAGCGCUUCACACGGGGCACUAAAAUUAAUAAAGUCCCUGAUUUCCUCCAUGGAACUUAAACAUGACAGCAUGCAGAAAGUAUUAAGUUUGCAGACAGAAAACAGAUUAAACCAUGUCUGCUAAACCCUACUAAAGACUUUGUUUUUGGGAUGUAGAGUCACAGGGAGAUGCUAGCCAUAAAAAUACAGCAAUAACUCAGGCUGAUUAGGACCAAAAAAAGCAUUUUAAAGAGCUGCGGACUUCUUAGUGUAACCUUUGUUUCUUUGUGUGUCUGUACAGAUACUACAGAGGAGCAGUGGGGGCACUGUUAGUGUAUGACAUAGCCAAACACCUGACCUAUGAGAAUGUGGAGCGCUGGCUGAAGGAGCUGAGGGACCAUGCAGACAACAACAUAGUCAUCAUGCUGGUGGGGAACAAGAGUGACCUGCGUCACCUCAGGGCUGUGCCCACAGAUGAGGCUCGUGCUUUUGCAGGUAAGAAACACAGGAGAGGGCUAAAUAUCAGAGAAAGUGAUAAAGUAGAUUUCUUUGCUAAUUUUUAGUAUUACGGUCUACUUUAUAUUUCAAUUUUUUCACAACAUAUUGACAGAUAUUUGUGGCUAUUUGUAAUUACAAACUUAGUAAACACUUGAGUGUAAAGUUAGAAAUGUAAUUUAACAUCAUCAAACACUCUAGCUGUGGUGCUUGUUCUUGUUAAUGUGGAAAGAGAAAAAAGUAAUUCUACUGCAGUUUCUUACAGAUUUAUUUGGCUGUAUUUUUAUCACAAACACUCUCCUUUUGUUGCUGUAACUUGCACGUUUUGUUUUUUCCCUCAGAAAAAAACAAUCUAUCAUUCAUAGAAACUUCAGCCUUGGACUCAACAAAUGUUGAAGAAGCCUUCAAGAAUAUCCUAACAGGUAUACUUGAAAACAAGAUGGUACAUCAAAGCUACACUGUGAAUAUCAAAGCUCCUGUGAGGAACUUUUGGUUUGUCCUGCACAUGCUUAAGUACUAUCUUUUGAUAAAACAUCUCAUCCUUUAACUUUUGACCUUCAGAAGUCUGAUUUUUUGAAAGUAUUUCAUAAAAACAAGACUGUUUCUCUUGCUGCCUGGCUGACACCUUCCACCUAACAGUUUUAGGAAUCUAGAGUUAUACUUCAAACAAGAAACGGUUUUGUAGCUGAUGGUCUUGUUUGUUUUCUGACAUCAAGUAUAGGCAUGUAUAUAUGAAUUUCAGCCUGUUGCAUUCAUAUAAAAAACUUCUCACAGGAACUUUAAAUUUGAAAAAAGUACUUAAAAUGUUGAAUUUCUCAGACACCAUGGUAGUGAGAAAUAUCACUACUGCUUCAUUUAUAGAGUCUGAGAGUAUAUGAUGUGGAAGUGAAAAUAUGGCUUACUGUCAUUUGGCCUCACACUUUCCCCUAAACUUGUAGAUAUUGUCAGUCUUGUUUCUUGUGCUCCUGUUUACAAUUCUAGGUUAUAAAGAUACAUUAUCAGUAAUUUCAGUCUGUUUUAUAACCAGUUAGAAACUCCUCACUGGGGCUUUAAGAUUCUAUUGCAUUUGGCAACAGGUAGGCUGUAACUGCGCCUUGUAAAGAGGCUCAAAACUGACACCCUUGGAUCAGUUAUAUCCUCGGCCUUUAGCUGCAUAUGCUCUGUCUGUCCAGCUUCCCUCCUCUGUCCUCUUUUUUUUCAUCAAAGCAUGUUUUGGUACCAAAUUACAAACUAGUAUGAAAUCCAGAACAUAAACCAGUUUUGAAACCAGAUAUUGGUAUGAACAGAGGGGAAACUGUAUCCAACUAAAAUCAAUGGCAGGGACAAAACAUUCAUUUCUGCCAACUAAACUGAACUGUGUAAAUUGUGUAACUUCCUCUUACAGUGAGGGAAGUUUAUUCAACUUAUGCAAAGAGUGUAACUGAAGCACCAGCCUGUAAAAUGAAGUGUUUUCACCUCUGGGUUUCAGUGAAAUUAGAUGUGUUCCUCUAAUAUUUUUAGAGUGGUUUUCUGCUAAAAUGCAGCACUUUCACAUAAAACAGCAGCUUGUUUAACAACACUGGUAUUGUCACCUGUUUCCUCCUCAAAGUAACACCACAGUUUUAGGGUAAAUGGCUGAUCUGUUUCUGCUUCAUUUUUUCCCAAACAUAGAAAUCUACCGCAUCGUCUCGCAGAAACAGAUUGCAGAGCGGUCCGCCCAUGACGAGUCCCCUGGAAACAAUGUGGUGGACAUCAGCGUGCCCCCCACCACAGAUGGACAAAGGGGGAGCAAACUGCAGUGCUGUCAGAACCUGUAACCUGCAGCAAAUCACCUCUCUUCCACCUGGGUUGAUUAUUAGUUGAAAUCAGUGUUGGUUUGCUUCCAUACACCUAGAGUGCAAUAUUGUCUUAAUCUGCACUGUUUCGAUCAGUGGAUUCAAAGCUGUUGCGCAACAAAUGAUCAAUCUCAGAGAAUUUGAAUAGAUUUCGAAUUAUAAUCUGACCCAGGUACAAUCUGCUACACCCCAGCGCAAAAACAGGACUAAUGGUACAACGAUUACCCUUGAUAGAUCAGCAGAAUAGCUUUGCCUGAGACCUUAUGAGUCUGUGUCCUCUGUAGACAGUUAUGGCACCAUGUUUGCAGUCCAGAUUUGAACCUUUCCCUGUUUCAGUCAUACCAGCAGUCCUGUUUUUGACUUCUUCCUCCUUCAGUCAUCAUCUCAAAAGUGGUUGUGACGCUGCUGAUGCUUGUUUCAUUUUGUGUAAAAUAUAUUCUGUUUUUGUUUUGAUUUUGAUAGCUUGUCUGCUCACAUACAUUAUAUUAAUGCCAUGAAAUUAAAUUUUACAAUAUUACGGUGCUGUGUGCUGUUUUUUAAGCAAGACGGGUGACUGUACAUCGAGGAUAUGUGACACCACAUGAUGCAAAAGCCUUAUGCUAUUGUUUCAGGUCAAGAUUGAGAUAGUUUUAUUUCUUUGUGGCUAAUGGGUCCUACUUUAGGUCCUGAUAGAUCUCUGCAUGGCACGUUAUUUGAUGGAAGAAAGAGCAACAUAAAGGUCUGGUAACAAAUUAUUCAAUGUGACAUGGGGCAGAUAUUGUUCCCCCAGUCUAAAAGAUAUGAAAAACUGUAUAAAAGUAUGACUUUUAUGUGCUUAAUCUCUUAAGUAACUAUUAGACAUAAAAUACAUGGAGCUGAGACUAACAUCUGGAUGGCAGAAAUACAGAUCCGAUUAAAAUGGCGAUAAUCCAGGUAAACGUAACCACUCACAUCAUCAUGUUACAGAUGUUAUUCACACCAUACGAACUUUCAAUGUACUGAAAAUAAUGUGAAAGGGUUCCCCACAUAAAAGCAUGGGGAAACAAUUCAGAGUACUUGCACAAGAUAAAGUCUCAUGGCAUGACCCCCACAGUAUUGAUUAUUAGAUAAACUGUUAUUUCCAAAGCCCACAUGAAGAUUAUUAGACACGGAAUUACCUCAAACCACCAGACAAGUUACAUUCCACAUGGAUUUAGUCCAGGAGUCCCUCGUGUUUUAUUGCACAAUAACCCAACUUUUCCAGGGGGAUGCAGCAGGAAGACUACAAUUACACAAAAUACUUUGUUUAGCAUACGCUGCAUACAUUGACAUCUCAGAUCACAUUAGUGUUUUUGCACCUUUACAGAGUACCAGCCUGCUCUGAUAGCUCUCUGUGUUCUUUUAGAGGACAGACUUCUCUGUGAUCUCACUAUGCAGAACACUGGUUCUCCUCUACUGAAAGUUGCAUCUUUUGUGAUGGAGGGUAAACUACUGGUCAUUGCUAGGCAGCUCAGUCAAUGGAUGGUGCAUUUACAAGUGGAGCAGGGCUGUAAUGCACUUCUCUGACAUUGUCUAAUUCUUAACACUUUUCUGCGCCUUCAAUACUUUGUUAUACUUUGUACUUUGUUUCCAUGAUGCCGUUUGACGGCUGCAGCUGGUAUUAUUCUGUAUACUUCAGUCUUCACUGACCCCGUUACAAGCGUGAUAAAUAUGUGAUGCCUCAGCUGUUGUCUACACUGGAAAAUUGUUUCAUUCCCAAACUUUUAAAGUCUCAGAUUAAAGACAAGAUGGUUGGUAUGAGCUCGGUCGCUCUCUGCUUGUCAUUAAAGAAUAUUCACAGAUACACUUUAUCAAUCAUGUCUCUGGAUUAUCAUCCUCUGCCGGGCUCUUGACUGCCCUUUGUUCAAAAACAGGUAAAUACAUUGUGAAGGGGCAUGGGGGAAUUAUAGGUAGUGAAUAUGUUUCAUAUUAUACUGUAGUAGCAUGCUGAAUCAGUUAUAUCCUGCUACAUUAGCUUGUGUCUUAGUAUUUCAUAAGUUUGUGUCACAGACACACAGUUGGGCUGGUUAGUCCAUUAUCCACGUGUUCAGUCGUUUUCACAUCCCAGCGCUCAUUGUCCAACAUUGACUCUGUGUUUCAACAUCAGCUGGGACUCCAGAAUGAGUUCCUCACAAAACCACUUUCUGUGGUCGGUAAAUACCAUUGUAGUUUACAUCAAGUGCUUGGAUAAAAGAAAAGAAAAGAGGAGAGCAGCUCUCUCCUCUCAGAAUGGUCCAUAUGAAGUGCAAAAGUUCAUUAAUAUGAUUAAUCAUGUUUUUUUAGAGAGUGCUUCAGUGGGCGUUUUUUUAAAUACUCCUCUCCACACUGCUCUGCACUCAUACGAUGGUCUCGUCAGUCAUUUUCUUGGUCGACUUGGUCGGCACAGAUCGUUGGGUGGUGUGCGCUCCUUUCAUGUCGGGCAUGAGCAGGCGCACUUUCUGAUUGGUCCUCCUCCACUCGGAGUACAACUGACAGUGAUACCGAAACGACACCUGAGAUUAGGAUGAAAGGAGAGGGAGGGG